ACUAGGGGAAGAAUAAUCUGGGAGACACAAAAUAAACAGGCGGCGUCCACACAAACAGUCGCUUGGAUUGCAUCGUGACGAUAUCUGUUGCUGGAUCGGACCACGGGAGACAAGAACAUGGCGCUCAUGAGGUCAGGCUGGCUUUGGAGACAGACGUCCGUACUGAAGCGCUGGAAGUUAAACUGGUGCGACCUUUGGGUGGACGGUAGUCUCUGCUUCUACAAGAGCGACAGCCGGCGAGAGCUGGAGUACCGCGUCAACCUCAAGUUCACGUGCGUGGACGUGCGGAGCGGCCUGGAGUGUCGAGGCGUGACUCCACCUGAGACCAACCCCCAGGAGAACGUCAUUACGGUCCAGCUGAAGGACGGCUCAACUAUGAACCUUUGUGCCAACAGUGAGGACGAGUCCAUAGCCUGGAAACUGACCAUGCUGGAAACCAGGAGGAACCCGGUGUUGGCGUAUGACCCGUACGACGAUUCCUACCAAGCCGUACACCUGAGCCGCUAUCAGACCGUCUACAUGACGCCUGGAGCAGGACCAGGUACCCACCAGGUGAUCGUUCGGAGGGACCCGUUGGACGGCGCAUUCGACCACCUGGCGCUGGGACUGCUGGCGGGCAUGGCGGCAGGAGCGACCAUCAGAUCCUUCCUCUGGGCGCCCGUCCUCUUCUGCUGAGCGGCAUCAAUGGUGCACCUGUAGCCUGUUAGUACAAAAAGAAAGAGCUUAACACCCGGAUAUAGCAAGGCUUUACUGGCUUUUGAAAACAAAUCAUUUUGCUUAUUAAACCAAAUGCAUUGUAUAUGUAUAUAUAUAUAUAUAUAUAUAUAUAUAUAUA